AUGGAAAUUGGAGCCCAGCCCAACAAGGUUACUCUUCGCUUCCAGCUCAAGGAGGCUCAGGACUUGCUGGAGAUUCGAGAUGAGGAGAUGAGAAUCCUCGCCGAUCAGCUCGUCGAUAGAGAGGCCGACGUGGAACAAUUCAAAAUCAAUCUCACCAACACCUUCAAAAUAAAUAAAGGACUUCGAAAUCUGAUUUCGGAUGGGGCCGAGGUUGUAGCCCAUAUGAAGAAGGCUGCGAAGACUGCCGCGAAGAAGGAGAGAAUUAUGAAGAGGAAAUUGGUGGAAGCGGAGGCUGAGGCAACGCUUUUGAAGAAGGAUAAUAGAAAGUUGAAGAAAGAGAAGAAGAGGAUGGAGGAGAAGAUAAGGGAGCUGGAGGAGAAAGUUGCGAGAGGAUCAAUGGAAGGAACGGAGGAUCCCACCAAUGUGCUCCAGUCCAAGGAGAACUCGUUGGCCAAACAGAUGGAAGCCUAA